GUAGCUUCUUCCAAACCUAACUCUCAAGAAAUCGUCAACCUCGUCGCUGUCUUAUUUUGAAAUCAUGCCUCGCCGAAGCUCUGGAGGAAGACCCGCUCCUCGGGCAGCCCCCCGUCGUUCUGCCCCUGCUCCUCAACCAGUACACCAUGCUCCCCCUCCAGCUCCCGUUCAGAGUGGGAGUGGUGGUUCUAUGCUCGGAGGCAUUGGUUCAACCAUAGCUCAGGGCAUGGCUUUUGGCACUGGAAGUGCUGUUGCACACAGGGCAGUGGAUGCUGUGUUGGGACCUCGUUCUAUUCAACAUGAAACUGUAGUCUCUGAAGCAGCUGCCUCACCAACUGCAGCACCCACUGCAAGUUUUUCUGGCUCAGAUGCUUGCAGCAUCCACUAUAAGGCAUUCCAGGAUUGCAUUAGCAACUAUGGAAAUGACAUCAGCAAGUGUCAGUUCUACAUGGAUAUGUUGACGGAGUGCAGGAAGAACUCAGGAUCUCUGACUGCCUAAGUUUCAUCCCUCUGCUUUCCAUGUAGUGGAAUAUUAGCUUUUGGACUUGCCCUGUCAUUUUGAGUUAGCUCAUAAUGACAAUGAUGAAGGAACUGUAUUCUGUUUCUGAUUCAAUAAUGGCCAUGGGUACCGAAAAUAUAUUUAAAUACCAUACUUCUUUGGUACUUAUUGAACUUUAAUCUCAUUCCAUUAUAUAUCAUUUUGAGUAUCAGUGUCUUGGUGUGUUGACCAGUUGCUGUGGAAUGUGGAUGAUGGUUUUCUGUUUAUUGUUUUAUUCCAUUUCACUUAGCCCCCUCUUCUAUCCCCCUUGCAUCUCUCAAUUAAUUUCAUAUUUCUCG